AUGGCGCACAACUACUCCUCCCUUCAGCCCCACGCCCGCGAUUCCCUCGAGCUUGCCAGCCUAGCCUCCUCUUCCCCUGGGCCUCGAACAUCAACAUCCUCCACCUCCUCUCGCUCGGGCGUUCCAUCCUCGCGCAAACUCUCCCUCGAAGAAGACGACCCCCUAGACUCCCGCAACCCAGCCCGCAUACCACAUAACCGCUCAUUCUCCGUCUCCUCUGCCUUUGACUUCCAGUCCCAUCUCUUUCCCUUGUCCUCGACGCAAGGCAAUGGCUAUGCGCCCAUAGGUGCCCCUAUAUCGAGUUCGGGUCCACAGACGGCGUUAGGAGGAGGAUCGCUGGAGAAACACAAGACGCUCACGUAUUUGAAUGGGUUGUCGUUGAUAGUAGGGUUGAUAAUAGGGUCUGGGAUCUUCUCGUCGCCCAGCCAGGUCAAUGUGAACGCUGGGUCUGCUGGGGCGUCGCUGAUCGUAUGGGCAUUGGCGGGGAUACUAGCUUGGACGGGAGCAUCGAGUUAUGCAGAGCUGGGAGGGGCGAUACCGCUGAAUGGAGGCCCGCAGGUGUACUUGUCUAAAAUAUUCGGGGAGUUAUUCGGGUUUUUGUUUACAUGGUGUGCCGUGAUGGUGCUGAAACCUGGGUCUUCGGCCAUCAUCUCCAUAAUCAUGGGAGAAUAUCUCGUCCGGGCAGCCAUUGGGGCGGAGGCAGAAAAUGUGAGCAGUUGGAUUAAUAAGAGCGUGGCUUUAGUUGGGUUAUUGGUGGUCACGCUACUGAACUGUAUAUCUACGAGACUGGGCACGAGGAUGGGAGACAUGUUUAUGUUCAUGAAGUUCAUUGCGUUACUUGGAGUUACGGUCAUUGGAAUUGUGGUAGCGGUCACAGGAUUUUCUGCAUCUGGAGAGGCUAAUCAGGAUUGGAAGACAAUUGGGUGGUUUGAGGGGACAAGCACAAGUGCUUCAUCUUGGGCUGUUGCUUUGUACGCGGGGCUGUGGGCAUUUGAUGGUUGGGAUAACACAAACUAUGUGGUUGGAGAAUUCCGUAACCCAACUCGAGACCUCCCUAGAGUCAUACACACAGCAAUGCCGCUGGUAAUUCUCUCUUAUAUCCUCGCCAACGUCGCCUACUUUUUCGUCCUCCCCAUCAGAACUCUCAACUCGUCCAAUACAGUAGCCGUCAUGUUUGGGAACGAAGUGUUUGGCCCCAUUGGCUCCCUCGUCCUAGCCCUAAUCGUCAGCGCAUCCUGUUUUGGUGCCCUAAAUGCCACAACGUUCACCAGUGGCCGUCUCGUCUACGUAGCAGGAAAAGAAGGCUAUCUCCCAUCAGUGUUCGGCAAGAUAGGCAUAAGGAAUCACGACGAGCCUACUUCCUCUCGUCUGAGAACCAGGAACUGGGCAUCGAAGCUUCUGGCAAAGCUAUGUGGGGAUGAAGAAACGGGAUUAUUCUUCACUCCGGUCUACGCUAUGGUCCUCAAUGCCUGUCUCACAGCAUGCUACGUCUUUGUCGGCGAAUUCGGAACCCUCGUUACAUUCUACGGCGUAGCAGGUUACACGUUCUACUUCCUUACCGUUCUCGGUCUCAUCAUCUUGCGUGUAAGAGAGCCGAAUUUGGAAAGGCCGUACAAAACAUGGAUCACCACGCCGAUUAUCUUCUGCUGCGUGAGUCUGUUUUUGCUUAGUAGAGCAGUCUUUGCAGAACCGCUACAAACGUUGAUUGUUGUGGUGUUUGUUGGCAUCGGCGUCCCAAUUUAUUACUGGCGAAUAGCGGGACGGGAUCAGGUGAAGAGGGAGAGUGGAAGUAGUGGAAGACGGGGAUGGAAGUUUUGGAAAUGGGGGACGAGUUGA